GUGCCAGAACCAAAGCUCGUAGUCCGCAAAUGGGAGGUGACAAAUUCGCUUCUCCGAACAGUGCUGGUCACCACCUUGGGAUCUAUCCAACAUGGUUACAUCCUCUGGCUGGUCUAUUCCCCAGUGCUGCUCAUGGAAGAGACGGCUAUUGCUAUUAAGAAUCCAGGAGAGCAGCAGUAUGUGGUCUUCAUACUAGCCCUUGCCAUCAGUUUGUUCCCUAUUGGAGGCCUUAUUGGAGCACUCAUCGCAGGAGCCAUGGUGGAUGAAUAUGGAAGGAAAGGUGCCUUGCUGAUCAAUUGCUUCUGCUCCAUGGUGUCCUCUAUGUUUGUGGUUUGCGCCACUGUGGUGCAAGUCCCCCUGUUCACGAUGGUUUCACGCUUUAUCAUUGGAAUAACCAUAGGCAUCUUCUCCACCGUGAUCCCACUGUACCUCAUAGAGAUCUCCCCACUGAACAUGAGGGGAGCCAUUGGCAUGCUGCCUCACCUCUUUCUAGCUGUAGGUGUCCUCCUGGCUCAGAUAUUCUCUUUACCUGAAAUGCUGGGGACCAAAGAAGAUUGGCCAAUACUGACAAGUGUCCCUGGAAUACUGGCAUUAUUUCAGACCAUUGUCGUUCCUUCCUUCCCCGAAAGCCCCAGGUAUCUACUGAUUCAGAAAAAUGAUGAAGAAAAGACUGUACUAGCCUUGCAGAAGCUGAGGCACCAUGAGGAUGUGCAGGAGGAGAUAGAAGAGCUGCAGCAGGAGAAGAUGGCUGAGAAGGCAGAGAAGCACAUGAACACACUUAAGCUGCUGUGUUUCCCAAGCCUGCGGUGGCAAGUCAUCUCAGUCAUUAUCUUGAUGUGUGGCCAACAGCUCUCUGGAGUCAACGCAGUAUACUUUUAUACAGAGAGAAUCUACCUGUCUACAAAAACUGACCCAAGUAAUGUCCCAUACAUCCGUAUAGCGUCAAGCACUGCCAUCAUCACUGCAGUCUUUGUCGGGGUAAGCCUGCCUUACUUUCGCCUUAUUUUCUGCCCCUUAAAGUCUCAAAGCUCAGUCUGCUCCAAAGGAUGUUCCUGCGCUGCAAACUUUAGCAGCAGUUUUGUGCCGGCACUUAGGAAUACAGGAAGGCACCUUAUACCAAGUCACACCCUUGGUGCAUCUAACUCUGUAUUGUCCACACUGACCAGCAUAUUUGUCAUCGACUCACUGGGGCGAAAGUUCCUGCUGCUCCUUGGUUUUGGCACGUGCACCAUCCUCUGCAUCGUAUUAACCGUGAACCUUGAACUUCAGGUUGAAUAUGCCUUGUGGAUGUCUUACGCCAACGUGUUUCUCCUCAAUAUUUUCCUCAUGGGACAUGCCAUCGGACCUAGUAAGUGCUCAGGUGCUCUUCCCAACCUGAUAACAGCAGAGAUUUUCCUUCAGUCCUCGCGGUCCUCAGCCUAUGUGGUCGGGGGAUUUGUGCAUUGGUUCCUAAACUUCUUAAGCAUUAUGAUCUUCCUCAAUAUAGAGGUGAGUGAUUCUGGUGGUCCAUGGUUGUUCUGA